CACACUCAUUUUAGCCAGUGCCCAGAUUACCAGCAGAGAAGAGACAGGUGGGUAGCAUGGCUCCGGGAGAAAAGGAGAGGGAGGAGAGCCCAGCCAAGAGCGCCCUCCGAAAGGUACGCACGGCCACCCUCGUCAUCAGCUUGGCCCGGGGUUGGCAGCAAUGGGCGAAUGAGAAUAGCACCAGGCAGGCCCAGGAGCCAGCAGGCUGGCUGCCCGGAGGGACCCAGGACCUACCUCAACCUCCUACAACAGUCCUAAGUCCCACUCUUCACCAGAAAGCUCAGAGUGCCCCAAAGUCUCCAUCCCAAAAGCCAGAGGGACAUGGAGAUGGACAAAGCUCAGAGGAGGCCCCUGAGGUUUCCCACAUCAAAAGGAAAGAGGUGACCAAAACAGUGGUCAGUAAGGCUUAUGAGAAAGGAGGGGACGUGAACCACCUCAGUCACAGGUAUGAGAAGGACGGUGGCAUGCCUGAACCUGGGCAGCUGGAGAGUGACAUUGACAGAAUCCUCCAGGGCCAUGGCUCCCCGACUCGGAGGAGAAGAUGCGCCAACCUGGUGUCUGAGCUGACCAAGGGCUGGAAAGUGAUGGAACAGGAGGAACCCAAGUGGAGAAGCGACAGCGUAGACACAGAAGACAGCGGCUACGGAGGAGAUGCUGAAGAGAGGCCUGAACAGGAUGGAGUACAGGUGGCCCCCACCAGGAUCAAGCGUCCCUUGCCCUCCCAGGCAAACCAAUUUACAGAGAAACUCAACUGCAAAGCCCAGCGGAGACAUAGUCAGGUGGGCAGCUUGAAAGGGAGAUGGCAACAGUGGGCUGAUGAACACAUGCAAUCCCAGAAGCUCAACCCCUUCAGUGAGGAAUUUGAUUACCAGCUGGCCAUGUCCACCCGGCUGCACAAGGGAGAUGAGGGCUAUGGCCGUCCCAAGGAGGGAACCAAAACCGCGGAAAGGGCCAAGCGAGCCGAGGAGCACAUCUAUCGGGAGAUUAAGGACAUGUGCUUCAUCAUCCGCACAAUGGCUCGCCACAGGCGCGACGGCAAGAUCCAGGUGACUUUCGGAGAUCUCUUUGACAGAUACGUUCGUAUUUCAGAUAAAGUUGUGGGCAUUCUCAUGCGUGCCAGGAAACAUGGACUGGUAGACUUCGAAGGAGAGAUGCUGUGGCAAGGCCGAGAUGACCAUGUUGUGAUUACUCUGCUGGAGUGAACCUUCAACCACAAAAGCCACACUGGACUCCCUACUGUCUUAAUGCUACAUGCUAAUGUAUUUACAUUAAAAGGCAAACUCUCUGUAUUAAACCAUUUUUACAUAAAUGA